GUUAAUCAGACUUUAACCCCCGGAGUCGAUUCCGUGUCUCCCUGCUCUUUUUGGUCACAUUCGAGCACAUCCCCAUGGCGUUCGAGGAGGCGAGUAGCUACAGGAUGUCUCGCCUCUCGCUGGAGUCGGAGGGGGACGACGCCGACGUGGAGCCCUCGUCGGAGGACGAAGGCUCGAGGAGCGCGCCUAAGAGUGCCGUCGGCGGCGGCGGCGGCGGUAUGCGAUCGGGCGGAUCGAGCAAGGAGGAGGACGAGGGUUCGGGCACGGGAGUGGCGUCGAUGCCGGGGACGCCGAUCCGCGGCCUGCCGGGGCAGGAUUGGGUCAAGGAGUACGCGAGCGAGACAGAAGCCCGCGGCGGCGGGAGGAGGAGGCGCCACGGGCGGCGGCGGAGGGAGCGGCGUCUGGAGCGGGCGUGGCAGUUGAAGAAGAGCCACGCGGCCGCGGAGGACGGAUCGGCCGCCGAGUGCCGGGUGGUCGUCCGGCCGCGGUGCGGAUCCGGGCGGAUGCGGAUGGACAUGGAGGAAGUCCGGGCGUGCCGCGACCUCGGCAUCGGCCUGCCGGCGGACUGGAAGUUCGAGAUCCCCGAAACCUUCUCCGAUCUGACGGCCGACACAAGCAGCGGCGGAAACUCCCCCGUCAGCUGGAGGAUCUCGAGUCCAGGCGACGAUCCCAAGGACGUGAAGGCGCGGCUGAAGGUUUGGGCUCAAGCGGUGGCUCUCACUUCGGCGUCGCGUCUGAGUAGUUGAGAGAUCGAGAGAGAGGUUCUUCUUCUUCCCUCUUUGCUUCUUUCUCUGUGAAUAAUAAUCGUAAUAAUGCAGCAGGAUUUUGUGUGUUGGAGCUAGCAUUCCGUUGGGCUUUCACAUCUCCCUUCUCUUCCCCUGUUCAUAUUUUCUAAUAAUUGUGGCAGUUUCUCUCUCUCUCACGGAAAUUUUGAGUUUGUAAAAGAAAUUAACAAUUUUCGCGAGAAUAUUUUGUUUUCAUUCCAUAUAAUUUUACUGUAAUCGGGUUUAAAAUAAUUUUUAAUGAAGUUUAAUUGUUUGUAUCAA